AGAGUAUUUCCCUUGUGGACUCUAAUCAGCACCAAGGACAGCACCUGAUUUUACCGGAGCGCUGCGUCAGGGUCCCUUUUCCUUUUGGAGAGCUUAGAGCAACAGCUCAGCCUGAUCCUGACGAUGAGCUCAGCGGUCUAAUGGGAAAACUUUUAUCUCUAUUUAGUUAUCAGUCCGUCUUUUUAUGAUUUUUUAAGUGUAGAUAUGUAGCCAGUAUGGAGUGACGCAUGAAGCUCAGGCGGAGGACUUAAUUUUUUUUCCAAGUCACAGAUAAUUUGCAUCAGGGAAUGACAUUUUUGAAGAUCCACGGAAAUACAAAGUAAAAUGUCUGGAGAAUUAACCGACAACAAUAAUGAAGGCUCUGUCGGGACUGUCCACUCUUUGUCUCCUAACUUUAGCUGUGUUUCCAAUACUUCCAACUGCUCACAGGCUGAAUUUCAAAUGUCGGACUUUACCAAAACCGAUUUCAUCGGAGACGGUGCCGCUUUUGUUAGGAUUAUCAUCUCUGUGAUCUACUCUUUGGUUUGUGCGCUGGGUUUGGUCGGAAACUUGUUGGUUUUGUACCUAAUGAAGUCCAAACAAGUGUGGAAGAAAUCUUCCAUCAACCUGUUUGUUACUAGUUUGGCGGUGACUGACUUCCAGUUCGUCCUGACUUUGCCCUUCUGGGCUGUGGAGAACGCGCUGGACUUCACCUGGCCCUUCGGAAAAGCCAUGUGUAAGAUAGUAUCCUAUGUCACGGCCAUGAACAUGUACGCCAGCGUGUUUUUCCUGACGGCCAUGAGCGUAGCAAGGUACUGUUCCCUCGCCUCUGCGCUGAAAGGCAGACGGCGGCGCACACGCUGCUGCCCAGCCCGCUGCGUCUCGGUCUUCAUCUGGUUCGCCGCGGUCUCCGCCGCUCUUCCCCACGCGGUUUUCUCAACAACCGCCACCGUGUCCAACGAGGACUUGUGUCUAGUGAAAUUCCCGGAGACGAACGGUUCAGCGCAGUUUUGGCUGGGACUCUAUCAAUCUCAGAAAGUGCUGCUGGGCUUUUUGGUGCCUCUUGGAAUCAUCACAGCUUGCUACCUUCUACUUUUGCGCUUUAUCACCUCUAAAAACAUCAACACCUCCAGCGCCAAACGACGCGCAAAGGUUACAAGAUCAGUCACCAUCGUAGUUCUGUCAUUUUUCCUCUGCUGGCUGCCCAACCAGGCGAUCACAGCCUGGGGCAUCCUAAUAAAACUCAACGUUGUUCACUUUACUUAUGAGUACUACACCAUGCAGGUGUACGUUUUCCCUGUGUCAGUGUGCCUGGCGCACUCCAACAGCUGCCUGAACCCCAUCCUGUACUGUUUGAUGCGUAGAGAGUUCAGGAAAGCGCUCAAAAACCUCUUCUGGCGCAUGACCUCUCCGACUAUGACCACCAUCAGACCGAUCACAGGCACCACAAAGCCAGAGAUGAACGAACAAGGGCAGCCGUUGGUUCCUGGCAAUGGGCCAGGCAUGGCUGAGGUGGUCUUCUUUCCUCCGGGGGCUGUGAUCUACAACGACCGACGCGACCUGCCGCAAAACAGCACAUAGUCAGAACAGCUCUGUCAUUACAUCAACAGUUACUGCUUCUGAAGGUAUUUGGACUGUAUUUGAUAGGGUCUACUUAAGCAUUUAAAACAUCUAGAAAUGUCAACUCUGAGUUAAAUAUUUCCAAACUGACAGUGGCGGUUCUAGACCAAAUAUACCAGGGGACCAGAGUGUUUUCUUGGGGGCACAGAAAAGCAUGAAAUAAAAAG